CCCGCAGCAGGCCCCGCCUCUUCAGGGAGCCGCCCACCAAUGAAGUCGGUCCUGAGGCGGGACGAUGACUAUCCGAUGUGCUGGCAACAGGUUGCACUGGUAGCUGGGGUGGGGGGGAGAUACAUUUCCCGAUGUCCUCAGUUCAUUGAGUAACAUAUUCUCAUCCCACCAAACACUACUGAGCUGCUGCUGAGAAGACUGAUACAGGAGGGAGGAACAUUUCGCAAUUUGGUUCAUCUUUACAGGCUGCUUACACAGAAACCAGGAAGUCAGCAUGAGCACUCUGUCCACUGACCGGAAGCCUCUUGUGGAUUACGGCGUUCAGAUCCGCUUCAUCAAGGACCUCGAUGACACAGGUGGAGGUUAUUCUGAUAAAUCCAGAGGAAACAGCAGUGCAACCCCUCCUUCCAGUAAGUACGGGGUGGCAGUGCACGUUCAGGGAAUCUCCGGACAGCCUUACGUGGUCCUGAAAGAUGGCGAGAAAGGUGAUUCUUACGGAGUUCAGCUGAACACGCCCACCACCAGCUCAGGGCCGCCUUCACCGUGCAACAGCCUCCAUAAAACGAAUAAAGAACCAGCAGAAUUAACAAACCCCUAUAGUCCUGCUGUAAAUACAGCACGCUCCCCUGUUGUUUCUCCAGCAGGGGAUGAGGUUGGGGAGAUUUUUGGGAGCCCUCAUAAAAGACCUCCAGGAGAUGGUCAAGCAGGGACACAAGGGGAGGAGGAGGGUGGAGCCAGCAGACAGGGAGAGAGGCCAAAAGUAGAACCCCGACUCAAAGCAACAGCCAGUGAAGCAAAAGAGAAAAACAGAGAUAUGACGGGUAAUGAGGAGUAUAACGAAGCAGGGCUAAAACCUGUCAAAUCAAUCGGCGUGGGACCCAGAAGGGUCAAGCAAGCUGGCUCUGGUUACACUGGGUCUUUGGGGAGAUACAGUGGGAAAAAAUUGAGCAAAGAGACAUUCCCUGAACCUCCAGCAUCAACUAAUGAGGAGCCCAUCCCAGCGAUCGACACCAACUCCCUUGCUCCCAUCAACAAGCUCAUCAAUAAGUUCAACAGUGGGACGCCGGGCAGCGCCCCACAGACGAGAGGGCGCUCUGGAGGAAGGCAGCGGCUCAGGUUUGAUGAGCGCAGGCGGUCAAGAAGUCUUGAUGCUAGAAAAGAUGUCCAGUCUGAGGUUCCUUCUUCUAGCUCCCCGACUCUGAAUCCCUACGCUAUUCCAUUGUCUACCUCCUCCAAUUUCUUGGCGUCAUCUGCCCCAGCGAGGAGUAGCCUGAGAAACAGCCCUGCACCUGUUUCCAAAGUGACUGCGCUCGAGUCCCCCAAGCCGAGCUUUAAGUCACCAGGGAAGUUUGUUGCCAAGAGCCCCCAUCCAGCUCUAGCUAAAAAGCCUGAGAUAACUCCGAGGAGUCAUAUCAAAGAGGUCAUCAAUGGGGAGGAAGCUCAAGUGAAGCAAGCUAUUAACAACAUCCGUAAAGAUGGCACCAGUGAGAGUGAGGGAUCCCUGAAAAGAAAAGUCAACCUCGUCUAUGACACAACUGGCCGUUUUAAGAAGGAUGGAUAUGACGGGGGCUUCAAAGUGGGGAGCCUUGAGGAGCUUCAGGAGCAACUCAUUCGCUGCAAGACAGAACUCCAGCAAGUCCAUGAUGAACUGGCCGAGGAGCGUAUGGCCAGAGAGAAGGCGGAGUCUCGUCUACGUCUACAGGAAGAUCAGCUGGCUGAGCUUCAGGAGGAGCUGAGGAGGGUUUCAGAAAACUCCCCUCACUCAGACUCACUGCAGAUGGAUGUGAUGACUCUGCAGGCCGACCUGGCUGAGGCUGCCAUGUUACGUCGGCGUCACGAGGAGAUUCUACACCAGCGGGAGCGGGAGCUGACGGCCCUGAAAGGAGCGCUAAAGGAGGAGGUGGAGUGCCAUGAUAGAGAGAUGGAGGCUCUGAGGGAGCAGUACAGCCAGGACAUGGAUAACCUGAGGACAACAAUGGAGCAGGUCACACAGACCCAGGAGCAGAUAGAAGAGGAGAGGAAGAGGGUGAACGCAUCUAUGUUGACGCUGGAGGAAGAACUGGAGAGCUGCAGAGAUCAAGAAGAGCAGUGGAAGACACAGCUGGAUGCCAGCGUGCAGGAGCUGCACAACACCAGAGAGGAGAGCGGGACGCACGUCAGCAGUCGAAUGCUGCUGAAAUCCCGUUUGGAGAAGGAUGAAUUUGAGGGCGAGCUGAAAGGUCUUCAGGACUCAUUGCACGCCGCAAAGAAACAAAUGCCUGCAUCUGACGAUACCCAUUCUUUAGCAGAGGAGCUUCGGCGUUGCCAUGAUGAUCUGAAGCGGGCUCGCACCGAUCUGGACAAGCAAAAGGGCAAGUCAGACGAGAAUAGAGAGGCACUUCAAGCCCUGAAGAAAGCGAGUCGAGAGAAAGAGGCUGAGCUUCUGUCUGAGCUCAGCCGGUUGAAGGAGCAGUCGCAGAAAGACAAGGCCGAGCUGGAGAAAGCAAAGGAGUCGUCUGUUGGGUCUUCAGGAAAGACUGUAGUGGACCACAGCACCAACCUGGAGCUCCAGGAAACAAACACUCGCCUCAGAGAGAGGCUGGCCCGAAUGACGAGGCUUCACUCCAGCACGACCCGUAGCCCAGAGACGGAGGAGGCGGUGGAAGAUCUGGAGGAUGAGAACCGCUCCCUGAAGACUCAGCUGGAUGAGGCCAAGAGAGGAGUCACUCGCCUGAACAAGGAGAGGGACGAGAUGACCCGGCGGCUGGAGGAGAGAGACCUGGAGAGGGAGGCGCUGAGAAGGGGCAAGAGUGACCUGGAGGAGCAGAAGAGGCUGCUGGACCGCGCCCUGGAGAAAAUUAGCAAAGAGAUGGAGAUGAUGAUGGGAGAUUCCCGUCAGUCGGUGGCAGCCCUGCAAACACAACUUGAAGACUACAGGGAGCGCUCGAGGAAGGAUCUGCUGGAAGCCCAGCGCAACAGCAAGGAGAGGCUGGCUGAGCUGCAGAGGGCUCAGAGCAACCUCAAGGCCCAGCAGGAAGAGGUUUCACGUCUGAAGAAGGAUCUGCUGGUGUGCAGCGAGGAGAGAGACAGCGCCCAGUUAGAGAGAGACCUGCUCAACAACCGUCUCAAACACUUGGACAGUGAAAGAGAAUCAGAGAAGAGCAGCCACACUGACCGCACCAGGGAGAUCAGGGGCCUGGAGGAUAAAAUCAGGACAAUGGAGAUCGAGCUGGAUGAGGAGAAGACUAGCGCGGAGCUUCUGAACGACCGCAUCACACGCAGCAGAGAUCAGGUGGACCAGCUCCGCUCAGAGCUGAUGCAGGAGCGUUCGGCGAGACACGACCUGGAAAUGGACAAGAGCGCACUUGACAGACAGAUGAAGGAGUUGAAGUCCCGCAUUGCGGACAUGGAGGGACAGACUCGGCCCUCACCUGGACUCAGCCUGCUGGAAAACAAAAUUCAAGAGUUGGAGGAGAGACUACACAGUGAAGAAAGAGAGAAGGCCAGCAUCCAGGCCGCUCAGAGACGAAUGGAGAGGAAACUGAAAGAGCUAAACGCCACGUUAGACCAGGAGAGAAUCCAGCAUGUUGAGCAGAGAGAUCAGCUGACUCUGCGUGUGAAGGCCUUGAAGCGACAGGUGGACGAGAGCGAGGGAGAGGUGGAGCGCUUGGAGGGAGUUCGCCGGAAGGUUCUCCGGGACUUGGAGGAGCAACAGGAGCUCCAGGAAGCACUGCAUGCCAAAGUCACAGCCUUGGAGACUGAACUAAAGCGGAAGUCACAGCACACGCAUCGCGCAGCUCUGGGCUCCUCCACUUUAAGCUCCGAGGAUGAGGACGGUUUCUAUGACACCAACAUCACCUCCAUUCUGAACGAGCGCCACCUACAGACCAGCAACUGCUAGAAGAAGAUGAAUAAAUAGACCUAUAAAAAAAAAAGUGCAAACACUUUCAUCAGAGAGAGGAACUCAGGGCAUCACGGAAUGUGAAGAACUCGGUUGCCUUGCACUUCAAACUUGCAGUUGUUCUUCGGCUGUCGGGAUAAUUAGAUUGCAUUUUUAGAGCCUUCAGCUGUGAUUGCUUCACUGCUGUCAUGUUUUAUCUGUCUUGCAAUCUUCUGUUUCUCUGUUUUGUUGAGAAGGAGGAGUACAGUUACACUUAGAAAGACAAGGUUUUAUUUCGUGUACUUCAACUUGAAUCUUUUCAAAAAGGCUCUUUGCUGUGUGUUCUUUGUAUUUACUGUACACUACUGUGGUAGCGCAUUACUGUGGCAUGGGUUAUGUUCAGGAGUCUUACAGUAGACUUGCAAAUUCAAACUACUUUUAAACCAAAAAAAACUUUAUAAGACUAAUUAUUAUUGUUCCAGUCUUAUAUCUGUGUUUGCUUGCGCAUGAUAAGUUACAUCUGUCAGUGUUUCUUUGCGUAUUGAAAGUGAUAUUAAGUGUAGUUUUUUUUACCUUUGAAUGUGACAAUGACGGGCCACUUAAACUGAGCCAAAACAUUUUUACACUGUAUUAGCUGUGCAUACUCAAGACAAUCAAAUAUACGUACAGUAGCACUAUGUAUCCUCAGAGAUGAAUCCUCUCUCUUUUUCUACUUUAACAAUCAUAUUUCUGAUGUGGUUUAAUAUAUUGUUAAGCUUGAUUCACAUGCAUGUUUUCACUCGAAUGCCUUAAAAAAAAGUAGCUUAAUAUCUUUAUUUUCUUCACGUUGUCGCCGCAUGUGUUCUGUUUAUAUGCUGCUGCUGUAAUGGUUUAAAUAGUAUUUCAUAUACUUGCCUCUGCUUGCGUCUCCUGUACAUUCCUGUUGAAAGAAUCAUGAACUUACAUUUGGAAGUGUUUCACGUUUCUCUUUGUGGCACCUGGCUGUUAUGAAUGUUGAUUGUAAUCUCCAAAUUCCAAAUUACAUGUCACUUUUAAAAUUUGUAUUGGGACAAUUACAGGCAAGGAUGAUAUUAAAUGUAGAAUAUGUUUAUUAAGCUGCUGGUAACAUUUUUGACAGAUAUUUUAAGUAAAUUUUCGAUCGUGUACAUUAAAAAAGAGGUAUAUUGUAUUUGUUCCUCUUUCUUGAUCUCUGA